AUGGCAGACGAAGUCACCUCCAUCUGGCCAUACGACCCAUCCUUCCCGGUCACCGUUCUCGCCACCGCCCUCUACGGCAUUGUCCUCUUCGCCAUCUUCUACCUCACCAUCAUCAAGUACCGCGCCUGGUUCUUUACCACCAUCGUCGUCGGCACCGCCGUCGAAAGUCCUCGGCUAUGCCCUCCGCUGCUACUCCAUCAAGCAACCAACCCAGAUCUGAAGAGAAUGUGA